AAUAAUAGACUAGCUUCGCAUUGCAGAACUUGUAUAUGAUAAUUGUAUCGAAAAGUGUAAAAGUAAAAGAGAUGCUAAAGCGUUUAAGAAUUUUCCAUAAAAUUUCACAAAACAAUAAACAAAAUUCAUCGUUCCAGCACGCAUCUAGAUCAUCAUCAGACAAUGUUCUCACCGAGAGUAGUCACGAUUUUAAUAAAAGGUGGGAAGAAGCUAAGACUUUCGAAAAGAUGCCUGGUGACAGCAAAUUAAGUCUGUUAAGAAAAGUUAUACCUGGUGGUAAAUAUUACAAAUUAGAUGCGAUUCAAAUGCUUACAGCUUACAAAAAAGAUUGGGGUGAUAUCGCCAUUAUAAGAGGUUUUUUGGGCAAAAGCGAUUUUAUUAUUACCUAUAACCCUGAAGAUUUUGAAGAAGUCUUACGUAAUGAGGGUGCAUGGCCGGUCAGGCCGGGCAUGGAGACUUUGUACUAUUAUCGCAGUGUCUGGAGAAAGGAUUUCUAUCAAGGAGUUGAAGGCUUAUUGUCAGCAAAGGGUGAAAAUUGGGGCACAUUUCGUAAGAUAGUAAAUCCAAUUUUAAUGCAACCAAAAAAUGUUAAGCUGUAUAUGCAGAAAAUGUCACAAGUCAAUAGAGAAUUUAUAGACAGAAUUCGUGCUAUACGUGAUCCCAACACUCUCGAAGUGCCUGCCAACUUUGAACAAGAUAUAAAACGUUGGACACUGGAGUCUGUCGCUGUGGUCGCGUUGGAUCAACAGUUGCGUUUAAUUAACGAAAAUCAUAAGAAUUCUCAGGCUAAAGAGCUGUUCGAGGCACUGAAUGACUUUUUUUCCUUGUCCUUCGAAGUUGAAUUUAGAUCAUCCUUAUGGAAGUACAUCCAUACACCAAAAUUUAAGCGACUGAUGCGAGUUUUAGAUACUUUGCAGAAAGUUACAAUGGCAUUUAUAAAUGAAGCCAUAGAACGAAUAGAAAAGCAAGAAAAUACUGAACCAAGGAAAGGUGAAAAAAGUGUUUUGGAAAAAUUAUUACAUGUUCUGCAAAACUUACCAUACUUAAGAGCAUGUAUCAAGGAAUCACAACGCAUUUACCCCUUGUUUGUCGGUAAUGCAAGGAUUAAUCAAAGAGAUGUCGUUUUAAGCGGUUAUCGAGUACCAGCUGGUAGUCAGAUUGCUAUGAUGGCCGAGUCAUUAUAUCGAAGUGAACAUUAUUAUUCCAGAGCUAGCGAAUUCUUACCAGAACGGUGGCUGCGAUCCAAACAGGCAAGUGGAGAUCUUAGCGGUUUAAGGCCAAGCAGUCCAUUUGUGUUUUUACCUUUCGGUUUUGGACCGCGUAGUUGUGUAGGUCGUCGGGUAGUUGCUAUGGAACUUGAAUUGGGUGUCGCACGCCUAAUACGUAAUUUCCAAGUUGAGUUUCAUCAUAGCACCAAAAAUGCUUUCCGCAAUAUACAACUUUAUGUACCGAAUAUACCGUUAAAAUUCAAAUUUAUCGAUUGCGUGAAAUAACUAAAAGUUAGUGUUUUUCUUCUUCUAUGUAUACAAAUUUAUGUAAGAAAAAGUACAUACAUGUAUAGACACUACUAGGUGUAUAACAUUUUUUAAUUUUAUAGCACAAAGUGAUUUACACAUUUUGUAAUUUUGCUUUAUUAUGAAAUCCACACAACAUCCAUUUUCCUAUUUUCUAGAUCCACUCGUAUUAUUUUUUAAACCCUACACCACUACACUUGUGGUAAAGAGUAAAUUGCAAUGUUCAAAAUUUUUGGCAAAAGUAGCUAAGUAGUAGUGUUCCGGCAUUCUAAAUUAGUGUCAAAAUUUUAAACAGGCUGGCCCAAUCUUUAGAACCCCCUCUCAUAUAACCGUUUCUA